GGCCAGUCCAGUCAUCCCCGCAUCUCAUCUCGAUCGGCAACAGACUCGAAAAAAAAAAAAUCUCAGGUCUCUUUGGUUAACUAACUACAUCGCGCCAUUGACAAAGAUCCUUCGUGAGUCAUUGUCACGAGCCGUUUCAGAUAUAUACCGAGCGUUUACCACAAUCCCCAUCCAGCAUCUACAAUUCUCUCUCCCACCUUCCCUCUCUCUCGACCUCCCGCUACCUACAUACAAUGUCCGACUCCGAUUCCCCCGCCCCCUCUAUCCAGGUGCAAGAUCUGUCGUACAGAUUCCAGGAUGGAUCCUUGGGUUUAACAAAUGUGAAUAUAGACUUGCCCGCAGGAAGCCGCACAUUGUUCAUUGGAGCCAAUGGAGCCGGCAAGACCACCCUGCUACGCUUACUCGCAGGGAAACGGCUAUCCCCCAAUAACACCAUCACCAUAGGCGGCAAAGACCCCUUCAAGGAAGGUCUCGAGGGCGUCACCUACCUAGGCAUGGAGUGGGUGCUCAACAGCAUCGUCCGCUCCGAUAUCGACAUCCCAACCCUCCUCGCCUCUGUCGGAGGCAACGCUUAUCCCGAGCGCCGGGACGAGCUCGUCGAGAUCCUCGACAUUGAUCUCCGGUGGCGCAUGCAUACCGUGUCAGACGGCGAGCGUCGUCGCGUGCAACUCGCCAUGGGCCUCCUUCGACCCUGGCGAGUGCUCCUCCUCGACGAAAUCACCGUCGACCUGGACCUGUUGACCCGCAGCAAUUUCUUGGCCUUUCUGAAGCGCGAGACGGAAAUUCGCCCCUGCACCAUCGUCUAUGCGACGCAUAUCCUGGAUAACCUGGCCCAUUGGCCGACGCACCUGGUGCAUAUGCAUCUUGGCAAUGUGCGGCAGUUCGGGGAGAUGGAGAAAUUCAGGUCCGACACCCGCGAGAGUUCGGAGAAUAGCCAGCUUGGAGAGAUUGUUCUCAAAUGGCUCAAGGAGGACUUGGAAGCUAGAGGUCCUCGUAAUGGACCCAGGACGGAAGCUAAGUCUUACGAGGCCUUGCAGGGCAUUGGGGGAUAUGGCCUUGAAAAAGCCGAUAGAUAGCAAUGGCUCGACGAGCCUAUUUUAUCUUCUUCUUCUUCUUCUUCUUCUUCUUCCAUUUUUUUUUUUUUUCCUUUGUCGUCUAACUUACAUGUUCUGAUCUUCUUAGCGAUUCAACAAUAAUGUCUCUCUUCAACCAACAUGAUAGGGUACACCAGGGGGGGGCUUUACGGGGCAUUUAACAUAUACUAUCGGUGUUCAACAUUUUCAGGAGUUCAACAUUCAUGAGGCUAUUUAGGAUUGGGUUGGCUGGCUGGCC